AUGUCCCGUUCAGAAAAUGCUUCUGCGGAGAAGGACUCUGCCCUAAAGGUUCCAUCAAGCUCAGAGCCAAACAUUGGUGAAGAGUUCCCUACAGAUGAGAAGAAUCUCGGAGACUACGCCUUGGCGGCUGUUGAGUCCAAAAACACCUUGGACACUGACGAUGGUUUCAAGUUCAAUGAAGGUGACAUCAUGGCCAUCUUAAUAGACGACGAUGAGCACUUGCCCUCGUUGACCUUACGUAUGUGGGUUAUGGCUGUUUGCUUGGGUGCAUUUAUCGCUGGUGUUGAUGCUUUCUUCAACAUGAGGUUCCCUACUAUAAGUAUCACGGUGGUCGUGAUACAGGUAAUUUCGUGGCCUCUCGGUCAAGCAUGGCAUUAUAUUGUCCCUGCGUGGACUGUAACUCUUCCCUUUGACUGUUCUUUCAGCUUGAACCCGGGCCCUUUCAAUUAUAAAGAGCACACAUGCAUUUUCAUAUUCUGCAACGUUGUCAUCAGUGCCGGUUUGGUGAACAAUUUGGUGAUUGAAGACACAAAAUACUUUAAGAAGGACAUUGGCAUCGGCAGGCAGAUUCUUUUCAACAUGUCGUGCUACAUCCAGUCUGUCGGCCUUGUUGGAAUAUUCAGAGACGUCAUGAUCACUCCUGCUGAAAGAGUCUGGCCGGGAGUGCUCUCCAACAUUGCCUUGUUCAAGACCAUCUACUCAAGGGACAAUCCGGUGGUACACGGGUGGAAAAUGCCCCGCUAUAUCUUUUUUGUCAUUGUAUUCUUGGGGUCGUUUGUAUACUACUGGUUUCCAGACCUCAUUUUCCCAUUUUUUUCCACAAUUGGUGCCUGGAUCAGUUGGUGCAAGCCUGAUAGUGCUGCAUUGUCACAGGUUUUUGGAGUGAAGACGGGUCUUGGGCUUUUCCCGCUCACUCUCGACUGGACACAAAUCACCUCUAUAAACAAUCCUUUGACUACUCCAUUUUUCGCUGUCGCCUCAAUGUUUGUCUCAUUUGUUUUCUGGAUCUGGAUUAUCAUGCCAGGACUCUACUACCAGAACCACUGGGAAACUGCCCACAUGCCUAUCAUGAGUAAUAGUGUGUUUGAUAUGCACGGAAAGCAGUACAAUUUCUCCGAGAUUGUCGACCGCAAUUGGCAACUUGACAAACAAAAAUUUGAAUCCUAUUCACAUGCAUUCAUGCCUGUUGCAUUUUUGAUGAGUUUGGCUCUUGGUAUUGCCGUCUUUUCUUCUCUUGUCGUCCAUACCGUUCUCAAGUUCUACUCGGAGAUUUGGUUGCCAUGGGUGAACCGUAGCAGACACGAGGAUAUCUUCAACAAGGCAGUUAGACAUUACAAGGAAUUCCCCAAAUGGAUCUACUUUGUCAUGAUUGCUGUUGGGUUGGGACUUGGAUUUGCAUUCUCUGAAGGAUGGGACAAUUCUCCCAUUGAUGCUGGCGGAUAUUUUGUCUCAGUUCUCAUCGGCUCCACGAUGUUUGUGCCUCUCUCGCUUCUUGAAGCCAGGGCCAACACAAUUGUAUCUUUACAGAGCUUCUUCGAAAUAGUCUCCGCUAAUUGGUAUAAGGGCAACGCAUACACUUUACUCUACUUCUACUCCUUCGGCUUCAGUAUUAUCCAGCACGGUAUGCACAUGGCUCAAGGUGCUAAGAUGGGCCAUUACAUGAGGGUUCCUCCCAAGCAUGUCAUGUUCUUGCUGUUAUGUGGAGGCAUAUGGGCUGCUUUAGUGUCGCCAUCGGUGACAGGUUACUUGUUGCACCAUAUUGAUGAUAUCUGUACUCCCCACGCCAGAAACAACAUGGUUUGCCGUAAGCAGAAGACCGCUUUCAACACCCAUUCGAUGUGGGGUUUGUUUGGAAGUGAGAUCUUUGCUCCAGGAGGCAGGUAUGACUGGGUCUUGUGGUUUUUCCUUGUUGGUGCAUUGGUGCCUAUUGUCCAUUUCGUUUGGUGUAAGUUUAGGCCAAAUACUUGGGUCAGGAGAUUUGACCCUAUUCUAUUCUUUGGCGGUGCUGCUAAUAUACCUGGUGUCACAGGGUACAACUUUUCUUGUUGGUUUGCUACUGCUGCCGUUUUCAACUACUUCAUUCACCGUAAGUACACUUCUUGGUGGAGAAAAUACAACUUGGUUAGCUCGGUGGCACUUGAUAGUGGAGUCGCCAUAGCAGCAAUUUUAAUUUACUUCUGUGUCGUCUACACUGGUGGUUCCAAGAACUACUCCUGGUGGGGAACGCAAGUGGCGAAGGAAGGAUGUGAUGCCCAAGGCUGCCCUCAUUUUUCAAAGAUCAUUCCAAAACCUGACGGAUAUGAAUUUUAA